AUAUUACUAUUCACGUGACUUAAAUUAGAGGAAGAAGGCCUAACCCUAUGAAGCGGCAGGUUGCAGAUUUAAGCGGCUGCGUGUCUAGCAGCCUAGCAAGCACCCGGGAGCACGCACUAAGAAGGACAGGAACCAGGAUUACGGAAGGCCAAGGAAAGAGAGGAAGCUGGAAGCGAACUGGGAAGAUGAAUGAAGAGACAAUAAACGGCGGGGCCCUCUCGGAGGUGGUUAGGCUCGAGGAGGAAAGGAUAUACGACGAGUACCGAGGAGCGAUGGCGCGUGCGUUUGAAGAGCAGCGACAGAUGUUUGAGGAGUUUAAUGAGUUUAGCGAUGUGAGUAGGAUGAGCCGGAGGACGACGAUGAGGAAGCGGACGGAGAGGGCGCGCAAGAGGACGAGGGAAAAGAGAUUAGGGCUAAUUUGCGGACGCAACAGAAGGUUUCGGCGUGGGCCAGUGCAGGCCAGCAGGUGGACCAUCUGCGUAGCCGAAAGAGGUGAGAUGAGAGUGAUUGUGAGGUUAGAAGAUGCUAAUGAGAGGACUACGAUGCAGAAUCAAGAGACGGGCGGAGUGGGUCAAGGCCAAGGAGGACGAGAUAGAGCACUCCCGACGAGAGGUGGUGAGGUGCGUGGAAGCGGUGCGGGCGGCGGUGAGUAUUCUGGGCGGCGGCGAGAGUGCGCGGAGGUAAACAAAGGACGCAAACCCUACAAGAAGGCGGAAAUUAGCGAAGCCGAAUAAGAUUAUGGCUUAGCUCAGUUCGAUCAAACGACGGGCAGCGCGAAAAAGAGAAAAGAGGAAAACAAGAAAACAAAAGACGGGAAAUUGCGGCGCCACAACAACAAUCGGUGGCGAGAUGAUGAGGAUGAGUGAGUGAGUGAGAUGAGGUCGAGAUGUUCUGAUAUCUGAUAUCGGUUG